AUGGCUGUCCCGCCCUUCAGCCUUGGGUAUCCUGGCAAGGACGCACGGUCGGCAUACUAUCCUAGCGAGGAACCCAUCUCUCCUGAUGAGAUUGCGAAGGUAUCGGACGCAAUGAAAAGAUACUGCAUUGGACCUGAGAACACCCGAGUUGAGAAGCUAGUUAAGGACGGCUCUCGAAUGAUACAACUCCCAAAACAAGCUUGGGGACAGGUCUACCACCAGGCUCACUUCUCCACCUUCAAGCAUCUCCUCACCGUCUACGUUGACCGCAUCAAGAUCCUCUCCCACGGCAAACCCGCUCUGGGGCGCUACCUCUGCCAUUUACACAUUUGGGGCUGCCCCGCCGAUUCCUCCUCCUGUAAGGAUUUAUACGAGCCCAUGUGUGCGGUCGAGGGCGUCUAUGAGGAGUGGCGACAGAUUUUGUGUUCCAAACCCAAACCAAGAUGGAAGAUCGUGCAGCCGAACACCGUUGUCAAAGGGGAAGAUCUGGAGCUGAGGGUUUAUGAGGAGAGUAAUGAGGGCAUUAUUCAGUCGUGGGAUGAGAGGGGGAGUUAA